UUGGAGCACAAAGAGCAGGCAGCUCCACAUAUCGGCAGCCAGACAUCGAUCCAAAUCAAAUCGUCUCGAUUAUUCGUCGAUAUAGACACGGAUCCUGCUCGUUUUAACGUCUCUUCAAGGAAUCUAAAUACGGGACAGUAUUCUACAGUCAUCUGACUUGAGGAUCGUGCACGAUUAGUAAAAAAAUCGCUUACCUGUAACUGUUGCAGGUCGAAGGUUUUCCAGUAUUGAUACAUCGACUGUAUCCCUGCAGCCAUCGCUCCGUCAAUCUUCAACGCACUGUUGUGGUCACGUGAUUUUACAUGCUAGGAUCGCCUGAGUGUCAGAGCCAAAUGCGUUUCAGCAGCUCGUUCUUCCGUAUAGUUUUCGUUUUAAUGCUAUGAAAUAUUUAGCAUAAUUUAUUAUAAUUAUUUUUAUAUGCUUUAUCAUUCAGAUAGCGCAAUACUUAAAAAUAACAAUAACGACGGGACGAGACUCUCUGCGUGAACGAGAGCGUAAAAUGGCGGCACCCAGAGAAAAUGGAAAUUGGCGCAGUUUCCUAAGACAUCACAAACUCUUCAAACAGAUAACUAAAUCAGCGACGAAAACGCCCGACAGACCUGAGUGUAGUAAUAUACUAGCCGUGAAUGAUGGAAUACUUUUCGCGUGGAACGCAGAAAAUCAGUGUUUAUCGAGUACGAACUUGGCAGCCCUUAAUUCAGCAGCUGCCGGUCUGGACCAGUCACGAGCGAGUUCAUGCGAUCAGACCGGGGAUUGGUUGUCGACGGGCUGCGGAAAAUCAUCAGUUCAGCACUUGCUCUGCACCAACAUACCUGUAUGCGAAGUCGAAGAAAUUGCAUUCAGUAGGAUGGGCCACCUGGUAGCACUUGUAGGUACUACGGGAAUAUUUGUCCUUGAGCUGCCGAGGAGGUGGGGAAAGUUUGGCGAGUUUGAAGGAGGAAAGGAGAAAAUAAUUUGCAGGACGAUUCCCAUCGCCGAGCGAUUCCUCAUGUCGAACGGCAAGUUGCACGUGCUGCAGGUCAGCUGGCACCCGGGCAGCGACACCGACACAUGCCUCACCGUGCUCACCUCCGACAACACACUAAGGCUGUACAGUGUCAACACCUCAGACAUUACCGAUAUGCUGAACUCGCGUGUCUGUGUUUCAGAUGCUGCAGACCAGGUGGUGGAAUGGCCUGUCUAUCUCCUGUAUGGCAAUGGAGAUGUGUUCAGUCUGCCCACAAGCUUGACUGCAAGUGACAGCGGUCAGCAGAUGAAGGGUCCACUCACGAUGAAGCCCGCCGCGGAAGACAACUACGGCGUGGAUGCUUGCAGCAUCCUCUGCCUCGCAUCCUCUCCUCCCGUGCUCGCCAUAGCAACAUGUGCCGGCAGGCUGUAUCACUGCGUUGUGCUGGACAGUGAGUCUGAUGACGACCCAGAAACGCUUUCAACGAGGUCUGCGUACAGCGAUGACGAGCAGCAGGAGGUCUCGGAAGCUGCACUCUACGUCUACGAGAGCGUCGAGCUCGAGCUGUCGUUGACGACGGUUUCCAUAGCAACAGCGGAUACGGUGGCGGACGACUUCACCUGCCCCAUCAUGCUGUAUCGUGACCCAGGCACAGCUAGUAGAUACUUCUGUGUGCACUCGGCAGGUGUGCACUGUGUCGUCAUGCCAUGGGUGGAGACACUAGCCAGUGUGCUUGACAAAGGUGGCAGCACUUCACAGGACCAAGAAUGUUAUGUAGAGCACCUUAUUUGCACCAAGCCCCUACCUAACAGCCCAGUGAGUCCUGUGCGUGGCAUCACCGUGGUAACGGAUCCAGUGCUGGGCUUCACACUGCUCUGCCUGCUUGCUUCGUACGAGUGUGUCGCUCUACCACUUCGAUCAGCUGCCCACAUCGUCACGGCGACCCCGCUGUUGUCAUCGACGACCAGUGAGUUGCCUCCAUCGCCGCUGCGACAUCUCCAUGGCCACGGCUUCGACGGACACAUACGCAGACUCCUGCAGCGUUCCACCUCCACACCCAUGCUCAGGGGCGCCGCGUCCGACCUCUCCCCGGCAGACUGCUAUCGGCUGCUGAGUCGGACGACGCAGGUGUUCAGGGAGGAAUACCUGCUCAAACACCAGCAAGUCAUGGAUGAGAUUGAUAGAAGGGUGCGAUCACUGGUGGAACAGAAGCAGCAGCAGCUGGCAGACCUGCAGGCAGUGGAUGAUAGCAAGGUAGCACUGCAAUGCAACGCCGAGGCACUCGCGGAGAAAUACGAUGACAUCAACUACAGCAUGAGUGAGAUUGUCACCAGGGCGGAGCAGGUGUUGAGGGCAUUGCAGUCACGCAUGCCGGUGCUCUCCGAUGCAGAAAGGGCGAUGGCCAAGGAGCUGGGAGAGAUAAAGCAGAAGCUGAGUGUGUUCAAGACAAGUCUUAAUCAGGUGGAGAAGAAAGCCGAGUACCACAGAAAUCAAACGAGAAGGAUCAGCAGACGAGAUGGAGAACAGAUACUCACCAAAAAUCAGAAGGAGCAGAUAGGCGGUAUCCUACAGAACGAGAGUACAGAGAUCAGCAAUUUGGUGUUACAAGUAGACAUGAUGAAACAAACCAUGAAUCUUUGAUACCGAGUGAAGAGCAAUGCAAACAUUGGACAUAACCCUGUCAGCUAACUCUACAAAGAAGGCCCUUAUAUUGUAAUAUGCAAAUGUAGUUCCAAUAGACCAAACUAUGCUCAAUUGUUGUAAUACUGUCGUCAUACAAACGUGAAAUAAAUUGGGGUGGAUCAAUAAUAUAAGGAAAGUGUGAAAGAUAAGCACCAGUGUUAACGAUGGUGACCGUAUCACUUAUAGUUGCAGGUUAUAAGUGCAGAGAGGGUUCCACUCUUGCAAGUCUGUUUUUUCUGUCAAUACCUGACAUGGGUCCAAGUUCUUCAUGUUCGCACCAAGAAACCUUUAUCAGAUAUUUCACUCAGCAUUUUGAGAGGUGUGCACACAUGUAUAUAUUAGAAUCACCUGUAAAUGGCACAUUUUGAAAUUAAAAAAAUCAUUGUUGUAAAAGAA